CUGCACUUGAAGCCGGUAUGCAGGUGGAUGAGAAGAGGUAGGUGUGAGACAUUCAGGCUUUUGGGCGAGUGUCUGGUAUUAAGGAUUGGGAGUAACUGGGUAUGUUAUGAUGAGGAUAGGAAGGGAAGACGAAGAUGUAUGAAUUGGCGAAGACGGACGGAUUGAAACAGGAUGCACUUUUGGACCUACGACUACAACAUACCCAAACAAUAGUUUCCUUGUGUCAGUUUCGACUUUGGUAUGUAUGGCACGGCGUCGCAAUGGAGGGAUGUGUUGUCUUGGGGUGGAGGUUGUCUUUCUAUCGUUCGUUUCGCGACGGUCAUGACAUUUCGCAAAAAGCUGCAGUGCUGUUUUAUUUUGUACUCUUCAAUGUAACAUUUCAGAUCAAUUGUUUAGUUGUGAAUCUCCACAGUCUAGAUGCUGUCAUCCUCUGAGCUGCCACUUGUAACGAGUUCAGGAAGGACUGAAAAAAGAAUAUCUGGGCCUUUGUCUACUAAAAGUAAGAUGCAUGGUGUGGGUAUCUUUGAGCUGUUUGUGAUGUGUCUAUAUCUGUUCGCAUCUGAACUUGCGACUCGUUAUUCGUGAUCUUG